GAUUAUUAUAGUGAUGGGAUGAAUAUGAAUUAGAACCUGUAUAAUUAGAUACAAUGUAAGUGUAAUAUUAGACAAUUGUAUAUAUAAAUGGAUGUAUGAUCUUUUUUCUACACCGUCGAAAGAAGUGGGGGAACAGGAAAAAAAAAGAGAAGUAUUUGCAUAUAUAAGUUCAUAUCCCAUGAUGGUCAAUAUCAACAAGUCAGUGAGUGAAUAAGGGAACCAUAGUAACUUGAACUGUUUAUAUAAAGAGGAGUACAUACAUCUGCAGGUAUAUAUAUAUAAGAUGAUGUAACCGGUGGAGAAUUUCCAGUUGCAUUUAUCUUUUUGAAUAUUUACUUGAGACAAUGUUAUUUCAGCCAACAUUUAAUAGUCAGAAUAAUAAUACUAUUCAUGAUAAUAUUAUGAGUAGUACGCUAAAUUAUAACUCAUAUUGUUUCAAUUCACAAAUUAAAAGUCUUUCAGAUCAAAUUAGUACCCCAUUAACUUCUGAUGAUGCAGCGUUAUCAUCUGCAAGCCAAUAUACAUCUACACCGAUUAAUUUUCAUUUGAAUAGAACAAAUGAUUUCUCUAAUAGAUCAGCAUAUUCUUCAUCUACCUCCCCUAUUAUAAAUAAAUAUGAUAUUGAUGAAAUAUUGAAUAAACCUUCAUUGAAUUCAUUCCAAUCUAGUUCAGAUGAUUCGAUUAUUUCCAUUACCACUACUACUACUACUACUAAUAUUACUACUCCUACUACUAAUAUUGUCGUAAACGAAACAAAUCUAUCAACAACGCCUUUCAUUGAUACACUUAAUAACUUCUCUAAUGAAAAUGUCAUCUAUCCUCAAAUUACUUUACAAGAUCAAAUGAGCCAAGUUUUAUCAUCCUCAUCAUCAUCUUCAUCAUCAAAGACAGAAGUAUCCUCAACAACAACAUCAGCUGUACACUUAACAAAAGUCAUUAAUCAGAACUCAAUAAUAGAGAAUGAUUCUUUCAACAAUUUCAAUUCAUCAGAUAUAUCAUUAUUCUGGUUACCAUAUUUAAAUAAUAUUUUUAAUAUGUAUUCAUCUUCAUUAAUCAAUCCAUCUCAAAUGACACAAUUUAAUCAAACAACUAUUGGUUGGCGUAUAUGGAGAAGCCUCUUAAGAAAUCUAAUGUUAAAUGAAAAUGAUCAUAAACCAUUUGAUCAUACUAAAUCCAUAUUUUCUUUACCUUUCUUUUUAUCCACUCCAACUCCAAUAACAUUAUCAAUAAACAAUAUGAAUCAUUUCAAUUCAGUAUAUUUAUGUAAUUGGGAUCAUUUAAUGAAUUUAUCUUCUGGAUCUGAUCAAAAUGUUACAUCCAUUCAAACAACACCAUUAAAUCUAGCUAUGAAGUUGAAUUCAUCAGAUUGUAACAUUACGACUUCUACUACAAGUAUUACUACUAAUACUAGUAGUAUUAGUAGUAGUGCUACUACUACUACUACUACUACAUCUACUAUUCAUGCUCCUAUUAAUUAUUUACCGAAUGCAUUACAUUUUACCAAUACUCAAAAAGUGUUAAACACAGAAUCAUAUAGAAUUAAAAGUUCAAUUAAAGCCUAUGAAAUGACCAAUGAAAACAAAAAUAUUUUCACAAGAUCAAAAACUGAACCUACAUUAACAACAUUAUCAAUGAAUAUUAAAAAAUCAAUUUAUAAAUGUUCACAUUGUGGUCGAGGAUUUAGUAAAGCAUAUAAUAGAACAAUACAUGAACGUACUCAUACAGAUGAACGUCCAUUCGGUUGUGAUGUUUGUUCAAGACGAUUUCGACGUAAAGAUCAUUUAAGAGAUCACAGUUAUACUCAUUUAACAUCGAAACCAUUUUCUUGUUCAAUAUGUCAUCGAGGCUUUUGUCAAUCACGUUCAUUAGAAAAUCAUAAACGUUCAAAUCAUCCAAUUAAAAAUAAUGAUGAAUCUAAUACAAAAUUAAAUGAUAACUAUUCAAUGAGAUUGACUUAUACAACAGCUAAUAUUAACCCUAUCAAUAACAUACAUACUACUAUUAAUAAUACUACUAAUAAUAGUAUUAAUAGUAGUAUUAAUACCUUUCCUACAAAUUGUGAUGUUACCAUGGUGAUAAGAAAUAUUAAAGCGGAAUAAACACCAUUUGAAUGAAGUAUUAUAAAGACUAUUUUAAUUUGUUUUGUUUUUUCUGAUAGUUGAUUCAUGUGUCUUAUUUAAUUCAUUUUCAUUUUGAUUUAUCUUUAAUCUUGUUUAAAGAAAUAAAUAUUUUAUAAUAAAAAAAAAGUAAGAAAAAGAAUUCAUUUUGGUUAAUAAAUGAAGAUGGAUGAU